ACGAAGGGUUUAAAAGAAGAUGCCACCACAACCUGGAUUGACCGAAGCCUCAAGAAUAUUCCUUUCUACAUACAACCAAAAGUUUGAAGAGUCUCAGCAAAUCAAACUGGCGGAGAUGGAUAAGGGAAAGAAGAAGAGUAAUAAAGACGAGUUUGACAACGCUGUCAAAGGAAAUGAAGAAAUCAGAAAUAUGACCUAUCACAAGAUGAAUAUGAAUCAACUUGAAGAGAGUCUUGAAACACGCAUUAUUGAACUUAAGGGACUUACUAAGGAUCAAGCAACGGUCAAGUUAGAGACAAUUGGACCAAAUGCAUUGACAGAAAAGAAAGCCAUCCCAUGGUACUUAGCUUUCUUGGAAGAGAUGACUGGAUUCUUUUCUUUGCUCUUAUGGUUUGGAGCUAUCCUUUGUUUCAUUGGAUAUGCCAUUGACUCAAGUGAUCCAAGUAACCUGUAUCUUGGUAUUGUACUUGCUGUAGUAACAUUUGUUACUGGAUGCUUCUCAUAUUAUCAGUCAUCAAAGUCAGCUGCACUGAUGGCUCAGUUCAAAAACUUCAUCCCUCCAAAAGCUUUGGUAAUCAGAGAUGGAGCUGAAAGCUCAAUUGAAGCUUCUAAACUUGUACCUGGAGACGUUAUUAAAGUUAAGGGAGGAGAGAAUAUCCCAGCUGAUAUCAGAGUUGUCGAAUGUCACGAGAUGAAAGUCAACAAUGCAUCUCUUACUGGAGAAUCAGAUGAUUUACUUAGAAAAGUUGAACAUACUGCAGAUAAUCCCCUUGAGACCGCAAACCUUGCAUUCUUCGGUACUUCAUGCACUUUCGGAAAUGGAGUUGGUGUUGUCAUCAACACAGGAGAUAGAACUGUUAUUGGUCAGAUUGCAAACCUUGCUCAGUCAGCUCAAACUAGUGAGACUCCUCUUUCAACUGAAAUUGAUAGAUUCAUUAAAAUCAUUUCUGCUGUUGCUAUAGUACUAGGAAUUUCCUUCUUUAUCUUAGGUAUCAUCUAUGGAUACGAUAUCAUUACUAAUCUUGUGUUUGCUAUUGGAAUCAUCGUCGCUAAUGUCCCAGAAGGACUUCUUGCUACUGUAACUGUGUCUCUUGCUUUGACAGCAAAGAGAAUGGCUGGAAAGAAGGUACUUGUAAAGAACUUGGAAUCAGUAGAAACACUCGGAUCUACUUCUUGUAUUUGCUCAGAUAAAACAGGAACUUUGACUCAAAAUGUCAUGACUGUAUCCUCUCUCUGGUACUCAGGAGAACUCAGAGAUGCUUCAGUGAACUACCAAACCUAUAAGCAAUCAAAGGGAGAAGUCGAAAUUGAUUAUAACCCAGAUGAUGCUACUUGUAACGAGCUGAUCAGGACUGUGAUACUUGGUACUAAAGCCUUCUUUGAAUACACUCCAACUGAAGAAACAAUCAAAAGAAAGAUUGGUAAGAAACUUGGAAAGAACCCAAAGAAGCUUUCAAAUGAUGAAUACGAAGAGAAUAAAGAUGAGGCCGAACGUGAUUUAAAGCAAGAAGAAUUGGAGAAACCAUUCCAAGUAAGACAAACUGAAGGAGAUGCUUCUGAGAGUGGAUUGAUUAAGUUUGUGCAACCAAUUAAGGACAUUGAAAAUUACAGACAUGAAUUCCCAGUUCAUUCAUACAAGCUGAAAGAGAAAUCUGGAGAAGAAGUUACUGUUACUUGUGAGAUUCCAUUCAACUCUUUUAAGAAGUAUAAUUUAAUGAUCAGAGACCUCAAAAACGAAAAGAGCGGCAACAGCUUCCUCCUCAUCAUGAAGGGUGCUCCAGAAAGAAUCUGGGGAAGAUGCAACAAAAUCCUCGUCAAUGGUGAAGUCAGAGAAAUCAACGAAUACUGGGAUAAACGUUUCGAAGAAGCCAACGCCACUCUCGGAAAGAACGGUGAGAGAGUCCUUGCCUUUGCUAAUAUUUACUUGAAUGAGAAAGAGUACAAGAGCGGCUCCCAGUUUGUUAUGAAGGAAGAACUCAAGAACUACCCCAUGGAGAACUUGACCUUUGUCGGACUUGUGGCUUUGAACGAUCCUCCUAGAGUGUAUGUCGAUCACUCAGUGGAUAAGUGCAGAAAAGCCGGAAUCAAAGUCAUCAUGGUUACUGGAGACCAGCCUGUGACAGCCGCAGCCAUUGCCAAGAAAGUCAACAUCAUUUCGAGAGGUGCCAAAGUCAACGUAGACAUGAUUGAAGAGGGAAUGGACCCUGAGAAAGCCUUUGAAGAGUGUGACGCAUUAGUCAUUCAUGGAGACGAACUUGCUAGGAGACAUGCUCAACAAGAACAGUACAAUGAAAAUGACCCAGAAAAAGGAAGAUUCCUCUUGAACUGGAUUUCAAAGAGAGAAGUAGUGUUUGCCAGAACAACACCUUCUCAGAAACUUAUUAUUGUUGAUGCUUGUCAAAGAGCUGGACAUGUUGUUGCUGUAACUGGUGAUGGUGUUAACGAUUCACCAGCCAUCAAGAAAGCCAAUAUCGGUAUUGCUAUGGGAAGUGGGUCAGAUGUUGCUAAGAAUGCUGCAGAUAUGAUCAUUUUGGAUGAUGAUUUCAGUUCUAUUGUUAACGGUGUUGAAGAAGGAAGACUUAUCUUUGAUAAUCUCAAAAAAUCUAUUGCAUACACUCUUUCUUCUAACAUCCCAGAAAUUGCUCCAUUUAUUAUGUUCAUCCUUGCCCAGAUGCCAUUGCCACUAACGACUGUCAUGAUCUUGUGUAUUGAUCUCGGAACUGAUAUGAUCCCAGCUAUUUCAUUUGCCUACGAGAACCCAGAAUUAGAUAUUAUGCUUAGACAUCCGAGAAGUGCGAAGAGAGAUCAUUUGGUGAACACUAAGUUGAUUUCUUUCUCAUAUCUUCAGAUUGGAAUUAUUCAGGCCUCUGCAGGAUUCUACACUCAUUUCAUUGUCAUGCAUGAUUACGGAUUUAAGCCAGGCACUCUAUUCGGACUUGUAACUGAGAAGGGUACUCUCCCAAAUAACUUCGAUGUGUAUACUCCAUCUGAUGGAACAACUACGACAACUAUAAGAGGAAACACUGCAGUCGAUACCAAUAAAUAUGAAGAGUUUGACUUCAAUUCUAAUGAUGAUAAUGAUGUUGAUUUGAGACUUUACUUCCAUAAUAUUGGCCCACACCACUGGUCUGAAUGCAGAUGGGACUCAGAUGCUCCUAAGUGGUGGAGAAAGAACAUUGUUGAUGAUGAAAAAGAAAUCUGCUGGAGAUCUCAAGCUCUCAGAUAUGCUCAGUGUGCUUACCUUGUCUCUAUUGUUGUUGUACAAUGGGCUGAUUUGAUGAUCUGUAAGACUAGAAGUCUCUCAAUUUCUCAACAAGGAAUGAAGAACAAUUUUGCCAACUUUGGACUUAUCUUUGAGACUGUCCUCGUAGCUAUCUUGUGUUAUGUCCCAUGGCUGAACAUUGCCUUAGGAACAAGAAUGCUCGCUAGUCCACACUUCGGUGUACCUUCCUUCCCAUUCUUCACUGUCAUCUUCUUCUACGAUGAAGGAAGAAAGAGUCUGCUCAGAGCAGGUAUUGACAAGGAUACAGGAAGAAUAAGAGGCUGGGUUGCUCAAAACACUUACUAUUAA